GCAACCAGCAGGCCCUGGCCUGGUUGCCAGGUUCCCAGCGGCCGUCUAGUCCGCCGCGCCUGCACAAAGACCGCGCGGUGACCGCGCAGCACAGCGCCGCGACCCGGCCAAGCCAGCCCCACAGGAAUUGCCACCCCCGCCGCCCCUGCCCGGGAAGCAGUUCCGGCGGCCUCCGUGACGUGCAGGCCGGGCGCGGCCUCGACCCUCGGGCCAUCUUGGCAGCGGAGGGAGCGGCGGAGCGACAGGUACAAACGCCGCCCGGCCCGGGCCAGCCCAGGUGCCGCCGCCUUUGUUCUCGCGCGGGUGAUCGCAUGGCACCCGUGGGCAUCCGCAGCCCGAGCUCCGGCAGGUGCAUCCCGCAAAGUCUGGGCGGCGCAGGACAGCGCAUCUCGUAAGGCCUGGGCAGGUCCAGCCUAUGCAUCCUACAAGGGCUAAGCAGAUCCGUCUCGAGCAUCCUUCAAGGCCCGAGCAGGUCCAGCCAGCGGCCCACACCUUGAUUCUGCGAAGCCUGCAGAGAGGAACUGCGUCCAGGACAGGACCAGCGUCCCCAGGCUUGUCCUCGUAGACUCUGCCUGGGCACACCUGCUUCAGCACCCAAGGUCUUUCGCUCUGGUUCUCCAGCUCUCUGUGGCUUGACUUUGGCCAGCAUGGUCCAACCUCAGACCUCCAAAACAGAGAACCCAGCCUCUGCCCCUGGUGCCAGCGCUCAGAUGGAUGACGUAGUUGACACUCUGACCUCCCUGCGCCUCACCAACUCUGCGCUGAGGCGCGAGGCCUCCACACUGAGGGCGGAGAAGGCCAAUCUCACCAACAUGUUGGAGAGUGUGAUGGCCGAGCUAACUCUACUGCGCACCCGAGCUCGCAUCCCUGGCGCUCUGCAGAUUACUCCACCCAUCUCUGCCAUCACCUCCAAUGGGACCCGGCCCAUGACAACACCGCCCACCUCGCUGCCUGAACCCUUCUCAGGAGACCCUGGCCAGUUGGCAGGGUUCCUCAUGCAGAUGGACAGGUUCAUGAUCUUUCAAGCCUCCCGCUUCCCCGGUGAAGCCGAGAGAGUGGCCUUCCUGGUAUCCCGUCUGACUGGGGAGGCUGAGAAGUGGGCCAUCCCCCACAUGCAACCAGACAGCCCUUUGAGAAACAAUUACCAGGGUUUUCUGGCUGAGCUACGCAGAACCUACAAGCCCCCGCUGAAGCACUCACGUAGAGCACAAAUCCGGAAGACGUCUGCGUCCAAUAGGGCGGUGAGGGAGCGUGAGCGUGAGCGGCAGAUGUUGUGUCGACAACUGGCCACAGCUGGCACAGGACCCUGCCCGGUACAUCCAGCCUCCAACGGGACCAGUCCCGCACCAGCCCUGCCCACUCGCGGCCGGAACCUUUAGGGACCUGCCACCACCCUGGUAGUCUUUGUCCGCCCAGGUAGCUAGACUCCGUUGUUGAGAAGAGUGUCAAUACAGUAGCAUUGCCCUGUUUGAGGCACCUUUCCCACCUCUCUGGUCUACGGGAGGCCAUCCUGCCAUCUGCAUCGGUCACCCACCCUACUGUGCGCUGUUUUUGUUUGUUUGUUCGUUUUUGCUAGCUUUACCUGCAAUUCUAUGCAUGCUCCCCCUUCUGUUGCUUGCAAUCCCAGCUUCCCUAGCAAUCACAACACAGCCUCUUGGACAUGUGCCUGCCCAGGAAUCAUUUAGGCUUGACCACCUCUGCAAGCUCAACUUACGGAUACCCAGCUUCUGGAGUACUUCCUACGGGCGCCUGAACAUUCCGGAGAGGAAGAAGCCAGCUUGGCCCGGUAGCCGGCUGAUGUAUACCUGAAGCAGCCUGUCCAUAUCUGGUCACUUUGCAAGAUGGCCAGGAAGUCACUCUACGUCCCAGGGAGACUUUCCUCUGUUGGGGGGAGGCCUGCAUUCCAGUGUACUCCACUGCUGUUGCUGGGAAGGUUUCUUCCUUCAUAGACAUCCCGCCAGCCUCUCUUCUCUCGUGUCUGCAGGAGACGCCUUCACUUCUGCCCAUGCGUGCCGUGUUCUGAUGGCAUUAAGGAAGUCCAGCAUUCAUCCGCCAAGUUAACUGUGGACCUGGAACCCUGGGCACUUCCAUCAGGCCGCCAGAGGCAAUGGAUUCCUAACAUUCCUGCCUCAGCUCUAGAAGACUGAGGGGGACCCUGGGGACUCCAUUUGCUGCCUGGAUUUCCAGGGAAAGGCUCACAGAUGCCCACUCAUUCCUGCCCAUGUGGCUCCAUGAUAAGCCUUGUCUCUUUACAGACUCCCUCCACCUUCCCACCCAGGUGCCACGUGGCUUCUCCUCAACCUUUCAGCCACCCACACUGUCUCUAGGGGUCCAAUGAGCCUACACAACACACUCUCUAUUCCUGGGCCUAACUCCUAGGCUUUGUCCAAGAACAAAAAACUGGCUGGGGGCCAGUUCCUCUGGGAGACACUGAGCAUUUUUAGUGGGGUGUGUUGGCUUCUUCCUGCCCCAGUCUGAAGAACUGGCGAAGAGUGGCCAACUGCUUUGGUUCUCGAGUGGAUAUGCGUUGCAGUUCCAAGGAACAAAGCCUCACAGGAGGAUGACCUAACGAUCAGACUCAGCCAAGCCUCUGGACAAUGACAUAUCUGUCAUUUCAAUGCCAAAUGAACUGUGUUUACAUACCCACCUGGCCCCUUGGAGAGAUGGGUACCUCUCCUGGGUUUUCCUGCCCUCCUCUGCAUGGUCUUGGCUUGACCACAAGAAAAAAAAAAGCCUCUGAAUCCACCAAAAGACAUCUCUCUCCUCUUGGGAGCCCAGAGGCUGGGGCCUGGAAUCUGGCCUCUUCCAGAGACUUCCUCUGUCAUGGGGAAGAGUGACUGAUUCUAACCAACGCAGCCGCCUUUGCAAGGCCAGGAGUCUUCGAUGCUAGCUGGGCUUGCAGCCCACGGCCACCUGCUUCUUGUUAACUCUGUUAGCCUAGCAGCCUUGCUGACAGCCUAGACCAAGGCACCCUGCUGGCACCAUGGUGCUAUAGGCAGGUGGAAGACUCCCAGGGUUCGAGAGUAUCGCCUGUCCCCAGCAGCUAAGUCUCAUGUCCUUCCGGUAGAGGGGUCCUCAGGUGAAGCUACAGCUGCUCCAGAAAAAUGGGGGAGGUGUCUGUGGAGGCAGGCAACAACUGAAAGUUUUCUUUGUGGCCUUCUGAGUUGGGGUUAGAGACCCACCCACCGGAGAGGCAGGUCACCUGUCCUGGCUCCUCGGGUCACUGGGUGCUGGCUGUCUUUGCGUUAGGUUCUGCUUCAGAUCCCUGAGUAGUUACUGGAGCCCAAGCCACCUUAGUCAGAGCCAUGCAGGCUGCCUGUCUCCAGGUGUGGCUUCCUUACCUUCUUUUGCCACUCCACCCUUGUGGGUCCCUACUGCCGCUCUGGUGGCAUUGGCUUGGAGAUUGUUCUGUUCUUGAUGCUUGUGUGUAGGGGACCAGUGUGGUGAUGCCACCUGUUUAGGACCACCUCCAUAGCUCUCUGUGGCUUGGAGCCUGGAGCACAUGAGAGAGGGUUGAGGCUUGCCCUCUACUUUGGAUCUGGAAGAGCCACUUAGGACCUGUGGCUGAGGCUCUGUCAGGGAAUGAUUAGUCCCCAGCCAACACAAUAAGAUACAAGGCCCAUGCAGCUCCAGAGGGAGACUGUGAUAACUGGGCCUCAAAGCUGAGGAAGACUGGGAGGGGAGGCUUUGUACAUAUCUUAAGGUUCUAGUUUCUUGAGCUCAGAAGGCAAUAGGGAGAGGGGAAUGGAGGAGUUUGUGUGAAGGAGUUGCACAGCUCCACAUUGAAAGUUGUGGCAGUACUGUGCCUGUUCUCCGGACUCUGUUACUGACACUCAUCUGGUAAGUAGGGCUUCACUGUGUUCAGCGUCUAAUUGACACUGGGACCUGGCCAGUGUUUUCUGUGACCUUGGGAUUAUCUCCAUGUCCCAAAGCACACACUGACUUUGAGGAAACAGCGAAGACCCAUCUCCUUUUCCUCCCGCUGAGUAGGUGACAAGGCGUGUGUCCUCUGUGUUAGUAAUCUGGGUUGGCCUGAGACAGGCGCCUGUGGCUGCAGAGGACAGAGCCACUACUGGGUGAGCAUGCCCUGGGCAUCAGCUUGCAGGGGGAAUGAAUGGCAGUGGAGAAGCUGGCAUGGGCACAGGGUGACUUAGGGAGCAGGCCUGGGGCUUAGCUGGAACACACUGGGUCAGGGUAUUGGGUGGCAGACACUCGGCUGUGUAGCCUGAGUGUGAAGACCAUUCUCUGGCCCUUUGCUUGGGAAGCGUCCAUCAGGAGCUUCACCAGGACACCCUGAAAUGAGGCUCUGAGUAAGACGUGAUAGCUGGAGCUUGGGCAACAGGCAGGCUCCCCAGUGUCUGGGAGGUCCCCACCUUUGACAUUUCUCUAGGCCCUCAUGUUGGACUUAAUGGCAGCUGGUUCAGCACAGAGGGUAGAACUAAAGAGAGGAGUCCCUACCCAAUGCCGUCAAUAGCUGGACCAGGGAGGGGAAAGAAAAUGGUAACAUUCAGAGUUUUGAUGUUUCCUUUCUGUCCCCAGCCUCAUCUUUCUUUGCCUCUUAUACAGCCGUGGUGCUGUCUGUAGACCCCACCAUGUACAUAUGACAACACUGUUUCGAUGUGCCACCAACCUUACCCUGAGUGACUGAACUCUCCCCUCAGGCAGAGGGACGAUGCUGGCAGGCACUCUCAUAUACUGACAGUGUCAGGUUUUCCUCCUAGGAAGGAACCAGAGGGACUUCCUGGGGAUAGAGUCUCUAAGGUGGGAUUAUUGGAUUAGUGAAAAUGGGGCCCUCUGAGACUUCUACCUACAGACAAAAUGGUUUUCAGAAGUUUCUGUGUCUGUUGCACUGCCACCAGCAAGGGGAAGUGUUCCUGACUCAGGGUCUUCUCCCAGGGCCGAGUUCCCUGACUUGACAGGACCGCAGCUCCAUGUUUUAGUUGCAUCUUUCCAUCCUAGCUCGCUGUGAGUCUUUUUACACCCAGUGACUGCACUUCCUCUUUUGCAGACUGCCGCUGUCCUUGCUCCACUGAUGGGCCUGACCAGUUUGUAAGAACUCCGUAUGUAAUUAAAGAUACUAACCUGC